UCAGGUGCAGGAGAAUGCAGAGAGAGGGAGUGACCCAGUUUCCCAAGUGAUGGCUGGAGGAAAAUACUCAAAAUUGACAAUACCAAUUAAACAAGUUCACCCAAGCUGUUGUGGUGAUGUCAUGGUUGCCUUUGUGAUCAGAGAGUGAAGUAGAGGAGGUCCCCAGCACUUUGGGACUAUAACUCACUGGCAGAUCUCUCAGAAGACUCUUUGGGUGCCCAUUCAAAAUGUCAUUUAGAAGUGGUAGGUCAAAAAGCCCAGGGCCUUCACGGAAAAGAAGUCCUGGGACUCCACAAUCCAAAAGUCCAGCACGCAGGUCCAUGAGUCCAGGAUGUGUGAGAGUCAGGUCUCCUUCCCCAGGAUAUCCGAUGUGUCACUCAGCCAGGUCCAGAGCAUCUUCAAAAGAAAGAGGUUCUACCAAGAUGCGAUGUACUCCAGACAGAGAUAUUGUGAAGACUGGAGCAGUGGUGAUUGAUACGGGUACUGGGACAUGUAAAGCAGGGUUCGCAGGACAACAAACUCCCCAGUCUGUCAUUGGGACUUUGGUUGGACACCCUACAGAGAAGUCCAUGAGGACUAGAAGAGACAGGCCGGAUACAUAUGUUGGGGAACGAGCGAGGAUAGAGCCAGACCUUGAUGUCAUCUUUCCAGUAAGGCAUGGCAUAAUUGUAGACUGGGAGGCAGCAGAAGUGCUGUGGAGACACCUCUUCUACCAUGACCUCAAAGUUGCCCCAGAAGACCAUGCACUCUUAAUGUCCGAUCCUCCGCUCAGUCCAACCACAAACCGUGAGAAAUUGGUGGAGGUUGUCUUUGAGUCGCUCAACUCCCCAGGGAUGUACGUGGCCUAUCAAUCUGUGCUGUCAGUCUACGCCCAUGGCAAGAUCAGUGGCUUGGUGGUAGACACGGGCUAUGCAGUGACACAUACCGUACCCAUCCAUCAAGGAUACAACUUGCCCCAUGCCACGGAGAGGAUGGAUAUCGCUGGCACAAACAUUACAUCUUUUUUGAUGGACCUCCUACGGGAAAUGGGGCAUUACUUUGAUGAAAGGAUGUUGGAUGUCGUUGCUGACAUCAAGAAAAAAUGCUGUUAUGUUGCCCUCGAUUUUGAUGCUGAGUGGAAUCGUCCCAAGCGAGAUUACAUGGUCGACUACCAGUUGCCUGAUGGCCAAAUCAUCAGUAUGGGGAAAGAGAGAUUCCAAUGCCCAGAGAUGCUGUUCAACCCGCCCCGGAUGCCUGGGCUGAACCUUGUCGGGAUCCAUGGUAUGGCCCAGCGAAGCUUAAGGAAAGUCCCUGAAGAAAGCCGGAAGGACAUGUAUGAGAACAUCAUGCUGUGUGGAGGCUCAUCCCUCUUUGACGGACUGGAAAAACGCUUUACUCAUGAACUCACAGCCAUGGUGCCAACCAACACCAAAGUUAAAGUCAUAGCCAACCCAUUGAGGAUGUAUUCUGUCUGGACUGGAGGCUCCGUCCUUGCAUCCCUGAGAAAUUUCCAGCCCUGCUGGAUUAGGAAGCAGCAGUACCAAGAGCAUGGACCUUACAUCGUUCAUAGGAAGUGCUACUGAGAUGGCUGGAAAAGAAACCAAUAAAUCAAUCUCUUUGCAUAGGCUGGAAA